AUGGAACCAUCAGUUACCGCAGUCUUCGAGCCUGUGACAUGCACAUGGCAGUAUAUUGUCUCAGACCCAAGCACCCGCUCAGCCGCAAUCAUCGACAGCGUCCUAGACUACAACUCCACGACCGCAGCAAUCUCCACACGCUCUGCCGAUGCCCUACUCAGUAUUAUUGCCGAGAAAAAUCUCAACGUCACACUCAUCCUCGAAACUCACGCCCACGCAGACCACCUCACCGCCGCGAGCUACCUGCAGAAUAAACUGUCCGAUCCUCAGGCUGUAGACGGAGCGGGGUCAGUCAAGCCGCCGAUCUGUGUCGGAGAGCGGAUCAAACAAGUCCAGAGCACCUUUGCCGCAAAGUACGGAAUGUCGGAACAAGAGUAUGCAGGUGUGUUUGAUAAGCUCUGGAACGACGACGAGGAGUUUGCCAUCGGCGGCCUCUCAGCUCGCGCAGUUCACUUGCCUGGACAUACACCAGACCACAUGGGCUACCACGUUGGCAACAACGUCUUCGUGGGCGACUCAAUCUUCCAACCCGACGUCGGCUCCGCACGCGCCGACUUCCCGGGAGGCAGCGCACCCGCAAUCUACGACUCGUGCCGGAACAAGCUCCUCUCUCUUCCCGGCGAGACCAAGAUCUGGGUCGGCCACGACUACCCUCCCUCGUCCAAUAGCCCAGAAGACAGCGGAAGGGCGCCACGCCCAUGGGCCACCGUCGACGAGCACAGACAGCACAACAUACACCUGCGCGACGGCGUGGGCAGGGAGGACUUCACACAGAUGCGCUCUACACGGGACAGUAAGCUGUCGGCGCCGAGAUUGAUUGACCAGGCGCUGCGUGUCAAUAUAUGUGGUGGGAGAUUGCAUGGCUUCGAGAAGGACGGCGACAAGGUUGUGAAAUUGCCGCAAGGCAUGGUGGCGGAGACCAUGGCUUCAUGGAGGGGACUCUGA